CAAAUCGUUAUUUUGAUUACUUAGCCUGUGUUUCUUUUUAAUUGACCAACAUUUAUUUAAAAAAAGUCCCACGAUCACUUACCUAACUACAAUCUCAUAAAGAGUUAGUAUUAUGCAAAUGACACUAGCUUCUUUCUCAGCACUCUUACAUUUACAUAAAGCAAAAUUUCACAAAAGGUAUUAAUUAGUCUUCAAAAAGUGUCGAUAUCUCCAUGAUAUCAACGCCAACUUAUGCAUUUGGAUGUAUUCAUAAGAAGAAUUACAAAUCUGUUACGCUAACGUAGCUAGCUAGUUAGAUGAAUUGAGGAUUGUUAGGUUUAUGUUUUUUAUUGAUUAUAUUUAUAUAUUAUAUAUAAUGUUUUAGUGGUGUUGAAUUGGUGAAAGAAGAUUUUUUAAAAACCCAGUGCAAAAGAAAAACAUAGAAUAAUUGUAAUGUAUGAAAAAAAUUGUAAUGUAUGGAGACCACUCAAAUGUAAGGGUUAUCAAAACGCCCUAUCUGCAGAUUCUUGUAAUAUAUUUUCAACGUAUUUUUUGGUGAAUUUGAGAGGUUUUGAUGUGAACAAUAGUCAAUAGUUAUACGUCAAAUCUUCGCAUCGUGUAUUGUUUACUUUUACACAUCUCAUCUUUUUACUUCUUUUCGUAUCUCGUUUUUUUCAGACUUUUUAAUUUCAAAGUUCGAUAUAUAUUUAUGAGUACUCUAUAUUUAUACACCAGUAAAUCACAAAUAAUGGUUAUAUUUCAUCGUGACUCAUAAUGGGGAAUCCUAUUCUACCCUUUACUGGCAGUAUUAUACCUUUAGAUGCUGCGUAGUUUGUUUUAUAUCCAUUGAUCACGGAUGGUUCAUUCGUGAGUAUUAAAAAUAUAUAGAAGCCUCUUUAUUUUUAUUUUUAUAUAUAAAGGGGUCUUCUAUUUGAUAGUUUCCUUUUUGCUACCAUUAUUUCAAAUACAUAUACAGUAUUCCUUCUUGAGAGUAUCGUUGCAUGUGUCAACUCAAGACUCGAGAGAUUAAAGGGGGGGUCUUAUCUAGGCUCUUAGGGCAUGCCCAUCAAGGGUUUUAAAGCGGUUUAUGGGCUCGGUUUCAUAGGGUCAUUUACCGUUUUUAUUUAAAUAAAUGGAGUAAAAUUGGUGAACCGGUUCGCCAGAGUGAGCCCGUAUGAUACGGGUUCAAGUGAUGUGGCAAGAGAUGAUUGGAAGCGCGUUUUUGUGUUGACGAAGUCGAGACACGGGGUCUGUGCAAACCAAAUUCAUUUGUUCUCUUUCCUAGGGUUUGUUUCUCUCAAAGGCGAUUGCGCGAGCGACGGUGACGCCAUUCCAUUUCUCCAUUUCCUCGACGUAUUUCUCCAUCUAAUCAACCAUUUCCUCCACGAGCUAAGAUGGAUCCCGCAGCUGAGAGAAGAGACAGAAAGAGCCAAAAGGACUACAUCAACAUGCUAGGAUACGUUGCCGAUUCGGAAUAUGGGAUUCCGACAAGGUGUCCGUGUGGUGGGAGAAUAAUAGACGAGGUCCGGAAGAAGGAGGAGUACGACACUCUUCCUGGCAAGCGGUUCUUCACUUGCACAAACUACGAGGCUGAUGGGUUCCAUUAUCGUCAGGCAUGGGUGGUUGGGGUCCAGGAGGAGAUCCAACGGCUGUCUAAGCGGGUGGAGGAAGCUGAGCAGGUGAUCAACGGGGUGCCUGAGCUCAAUUAUCAGAUUGACAGACUGGAGUCACAGGUUAAAAUCCUGACGGUUCAUGUUGAUAACCUCCAUGUUCAGGUCACUGACAUGGAGAAGUUGGAAUGUCUGAGUAAGCGGUUACAGGAGGCUGAGGAGAUGGUAAAGGUGAUGCCGGAUCUCAAUAAAAAGAUUGCUUCACUGGAGGUAAGUGAAUCAAAAUUAGGUAGUUUAAUACUUGUAAAGCUACUCACUAACACUCUCUUAUUGGCGUUUGAAUGUGCAGGGACAGGUUGAAUUCCUCACUGGCCAGGUUGAUAACCUCACAUCCGAUGUGGAAACCCUGGAGAAGCUGUGUUUCCAUUGAAACCCAAAGGUACACUAAUGCUCACUUCAUGUUUUUGAAAGUCAAUACUAUACUUAAGUGAACUAGAACUAGUUUGGUAAAGUACAUGCGUGGAGAGAACUUAGGUUCGAUCAAAAAUGGAGAUCAAACUUUCUGUCCAGAGAUGGUGCAAAGGAGAAAAGGAAGGAACCAGUGGAGCUGCCUGAUGAGGAAGAAGUUAGGCAGAUCAAACUUUUUUAUGAAUGUGUGUUAUGUUUUCUUGUGAACUUACGUGUUUAAGUUAAUUGAAUGUGUUCUGUUUGGUUUUGCAGGUCACGGGUUGCAGGAGGUGGAUGCUUGUCACGGGUUGCAGGAGGUUGAUGGUUGUUCUGUAUGUCAGUCUGUUUAGGUCACGGGUUGCAGGGUUUUAUGUAAUCUUGUUCUUUUUCUUGAUGUCAGUCUGUUUAGGCGCACGGUAGUAGGACUUUAAGUAUGUUUCAUUCACGGGAAGUGUAGAAUUUUGUAUCUUUCUACACUUCUUUUCCAUCAAGGCUGUACUCACGGGUGUAUGUACCCGCUUAAGUUGAAUCAAGGAUAUGUAAACUAUGACUCUAUAUAUAAACUAGGUCUUUAUCUUCUCUUUGUGCAACUCUCAUUUUUCUUUGGUUUUAAAAUAUCCACUUUGGGUUUCUACACUUCUUUCUACACUUCUUCUUCUCUAUGUGCAACUUUCAUUUUUCUUUGGUUUUAAAAUAUCGACUUUGAAACUAACCUCAAAUAUCACACUUCCACUUUCACAUCUCUUUCUCACUUCAAGCUUCACCAUAGGGAAAAAUAUAUAUAUUGUUUGUGAGUUGCUUUAACGAUGUCUUCCUCAUCGAGUGAUGAAGUAGAUGAAGCUAUAGAAGAAAUGGUCGACCAAGUUGUUGAUAAUUACAUCGAUUCGGUGGUUAAUGUUCAAGCCAAGAGACGAGCUUAUAUCGAAAGAGAUCGGGAACGAGGACACAAUCAACUAUGGAACGACUAUUUCAUCGAAAAUCCAACAUACCAACCGGAAAUGUUUAGGCGGCGUUUUCGAAUGAACAAGCCGUUGUUCCUUCGCAUUGUCGAAAGCCUAAGCUCUGAAGUUCCAUACUUUCAGCAAAGAAAUGGGCACGGAAGGUACGGGCUAUCUGCACUCCAAAAGUGUACGGCGGCUAUACGUAUGCUGGCAUAUGGUCAAUCGGGAGAUACGUAUGACGAAUAUCUCCGACUUGGAGAAAGUACUGCACGUUUAUGUUUGGAAAAUUUCACUGAUGGGAUAAUGGAAUUGUUUGGAGAAGAGUAUCUGAGAAGACCCACACCCGAUGAUCUUCAACGUUUACUCGAUAUUGGAGAGGUACGCGGUUUUCCAGGGAUGAUAGGCAGCAUCGAUUGUAUGCAUUGGGAGUGGAAAAACUGUCCUACGGCUUGGAGAGGACAAUACACACGUGGUUCAGGAAAGCCGACAAUUGUCUUAGAAGCUGUGGCAUCUCAGGAUCUGUGGAUAUGGCACGCAUUUUUCGGCUUACCAGGUACUCUCAACGAUAUCAAUGUUCUUGAUCGCUCUCCUGUUUUCAGUGACAUUUUAGAGGGUCGAGCACCUAAAGUUAAUUUCAAGGUCAACAACCACACUUAUCGUAUGGCGUACUACCUUACUGACGGAAUUUAUCCGAAUUGGGCAACAUUUAUCCAAUCCAUCUCGCUUCCUCAAGGUCCUAAAGCAGAGCUAUUUGCUCACCGUCAAGAAUCCACCAGAAAAGAUGUUGAACGGGCUUUUGGAGUAUUGCAAUCAAGGUUUGCAAUAGUUAAAAACCCUGCUCUACUUUGGGACAAGGUUAAGAUAGGAAAGAUUAUGAGAACUUGUGUCAUUUUGCACAAUAUGAUAGUAGAGAACGAACGAAGCGGAUACGCUCAAAUUGAUACAUCUGAGUUUGAGUCAGGGGAGUCGAGCAGGAGUUCCCAGGUGCAAAGGACAAGAAGUAUGAAUAUCGGUAAUAUGCGUGGCAUUCGCAAUGAAGUUCGGGAUUCACAGAUACAUGAUCGUUUAAAAGCUGAUUUAGUUGAAAAUGUAUGGCAAAAGUUUGGUAAUGUCGAUGAAUAAUAUUUGUAUGUUCUUGAAGUUUCAAUGUUUUCAAUAAAAUGUUUUCAAAAAAAAAUGUGUGUUAUGAAUUAUCAUUGUAUUGAAUAAAAUUGUUUUUAGAACUUUUUAUAAAUAUAUCUUAUUAAUGAAUUCUCAAUAUGCAAACUUAAAAAAAAAAUAUUAUUUAAUUUAUAAGAACCUCUUCUUCGGGUUCACUAAUGCGGAUGCAAAAUAUAUAGAGGUUUAUAGAGGUUCACUAUUCCGGGUCCCACCAUUAAAUUAUUAAAAAAAUCUUAUGAACCCAUAUGGGGGUUCACUAAUGCAGAUGGCCUUAAUACAAAGAGGAGUUAUGUAAUUAAUUGCUUAGUUUUAAAAUUACAGUAUUCGAAGAUAACAUACUAGCUAAUACCAAAACGUAAUUUAAGUCAAGGAUUUAAUUGAUAGAGUAGAAUGAUUUACUUCCCAACAUUUUGAAUGAGAAAUAAAAAUGUAAAUACUUAAUUGGAAAAACCUGUAGACUACAUUUCUAGAGUGAGAAUACAAAAUGAACAUUAUGAUUUAUGAUACGGUAAAAUUGUAAACAAAUGGGGAAAAAAUAACGCAUGUUGAAGACAGCUUGAGCUUGCAUUAGUUUUAUUGUAUUUUAAAUAAAAGGAUAUGUUAUUUAAGUUCACAAAUAUAACCUAGCGGUUAUUAAAAACUAUAAACAUAAUAAUUAAGAAGCCGUAAUCAAUUAUGAGAAAUUUGCCAUGUGCAGGGAACAAUACUCGCCGGCAUUUGACCUAAAACACAUGAUGAUUUAGCGACUUUAAUACUAUAGAUCCCUAAUUAGGUGUUUUUAUUGUUAACAUUCGUUCUCAUAGAUCUACCUGAACAAACAUAACUGCUUCUUAUAUAAUUAUAACCAAUUGGUUUGUGCUUACGAUAUAUCAUGCCAUACAUCCAACAAAUAUGAUCUAAGGUUAUAAUUUUUUUUUUUUUUUGAAAACGGGCUUAUGAUCUAAGGUUAUAAUUUUCUGUAAACUUAUAAUGUUUAAUUUCCAUCAUUUUGUGGACUUAGAGUCACUGUCAAGAGUAGAGUUCUUAAUCAAUUUUGAGUUGCCGACUUCUUAACUAAAAUUUUAUCUCGCCAUCUUCUCUAUUUCCAUUGAUUGACAUCUUAACUGUUGCACAUAAUACAUCUACGCACUUGUUAAGUAUUGUCUACCACACUAUAACAUCAAUUUGCAAGACGUAAAAAAAACUUAUCAACCUGAGAAAUGGAAUCAGAUCUCCGAGAGGGUUGAAGAAAAACAUAGGAGCCAAAAUACGGCCAUUGGCGCAUGGGUCGAACUUCAACAACAGCGGCACUAAACUCGAUUUUUACUCUCCACAAAGGCAUUUGAAGAAAGCUCCAUAGUCCCCCUUUACUAAAAGUUGAGGCCCUAGCCGUUUGGAACUUCUUUUCUAUUAUUUACCUAUCUUUUGUUCGAGGGGCCAAAUUAUAACUUUUCAAACAGCUUCAUUUUGAUCUGCAUUACAGAUUACAUACACCAAAUUAUUUACAUGAAUACCUGCCGAUACGUCAGUUAAAAGAUAUAUGUUUUUGAUUAAAAUAAGAACGAAAAGAAAGGAAGAAGAGCUUUUAGCAAUACCCCUGAAAUAAAGAUGUGGUUUAAAAUUUAAAACAUUUCUAGACUCGUUGUUAUUUUAUCCGUUCCCGAAAGUAAGAUUUUCUAGAAUUAUUCUUGUUUCACAAAAAUAUUUUUUUUAUAUUUUUAAAGUAUUUUUGUAUAUUUUUAAGAAAUAUUAAUUGUGAAUAUUUGAAUUGAUUAAAUUUUAUUGGUGGAUAGUUAUUAAAAAAUGUAUUCAAAAAAAAUUUUAAAUUAAAUUAACAUUUAUUAUAUUUUUACAAAAAAAUAUUAUUUUCGAGAAUAGAGAGAGUAUAUGAUAAUGUUUUGUCAGCCAGAGUCAUAUAUUUGUUUUGGUAUAUUCCCAUCUCAUGUAACAUGCAAAGGUAUUUAAGGUUGUCCAAAUCAUAGUUUGAGUCGCCUAUCAUGAAGGAAAAUGUUUUACCUUGAUUGAUGAAGCAAAAAAAACGAAAUAUUACAACAACAAAAAAUCUGUAAAUCACAGUAACAUGAUGUAGGUGUACCGUAAGUUCGUAUUAUUAUAAAUAGAUAUUAACAAAAGAAAUAGAAAUAUCUUAUAUAUUAAAACAAAA